GGAAUCACACGGUCAGUGGGCGUGUCCGCUGUCUAUAAAUACACCUCCUCCCGGCUGCCAUUCCCACAACAGUGUCUUCUGUCUACCCCUUGUCCUACAGUCCUCAUCGAUACACCGCAACGACGAGCACCGACAGCUGAGAUGGCCCAGUGGCAGGCCCUGCUGCAGCUGGAUUCAGGCCUCCAGAGGCAGGUGAGCCAGCUGUAUGAGGGAACCUUCUCCAGAGAGAUCCGCCACUAUUUGUGCCACUGGAUAGAGAAGCAGAACUGGGAUUUGGCAGCUGUGGAUGUAAACACAGCAAUCAGCUGUUUCCAUGCUCUCCAGGAGUAUCUUGAAGAACUGUGGAAGCGUUCUGUCCAGGAGAACAAGAUUUUGCAGGGACCGAACUUUUUAAACAUGAAAGACUCCUUGGUGAAACAAUUUCAAAAUGAGCCACAGAACUUGGCCAGAAUUCUCUCACACUGCCUGAAGGAGGAAAAGAAAAUUCUGGCUUUGGCUCCCAAGGUGCAGGGUUGCAACAAUCCAGGCAUGGAACAAAACUCUGCAGAGUUGGACAACAAAGUCAGUGGCCUGAAACAGCAGACUUUGGAGGUAAAGGACGAAAUUAAGACACUGGAGGAUCUAUAUGAACAGCUCGACCUGAUACAGAAGACCUGGCAAAGCCGAGUUCAGCAGUGUAAUGGACUGAACCAGUCCCGUGCUGCUGUGGAAGAAGAUUGUCUUAAGCGGGCAAGUUUCAUCACGCAAACAAAGCAGAUUGUGCUGCAGCAGUUAUAUGACAUUUUAAACCACGCAUCCCAGGUUGUGACAACUCUCACUGAUGUGGAGCUUCCUACAUGGAAGCACAGACAGCAGAUGGCCUGCAUUGGAAGCCCAGUUGACACUUCUCUGGACCACCUCCAGAAGUGGUUUACUAUUGUUGCUGAAGUGAUUGUAGGAAUACGUGAACAGCUGCAGAAACUGCAAGAGCAGAACAACAAAUACAACUGCACUGAUGCUUCCAGCCUUGCUGCUACAAUGGUGGAAAUUGAGAAGUUUGCACUGUCCUUGUUGACAAAGCUUCUCACAAAUGCUCUGGUGGUUGAGAAACAGCCUGUCAUGCAGAAUUUACCACAACGACCUUUAGUACUUAAGACUGGUGUGGGAUUCAAAGUGAAAGUAAGGUACUUGGCAAACCAUCCUGAAUUCAAGCGCCGCCUCAAACCUGUCAAACCUGUUUUUGACAAGGAUGUUGAAGAAGCCAAGACAGUCACUGGAUUCCGUCACUUUGAAUUUGAAAGGGACGACAAGAAGGUGUUGGACGUAGAACCACCCGGUGAUUUGAUAGCAGAAUUUAGGAACAUGUCUCUCAAGGAAAGAAGAGAGAAAAGUAAAGCAUCAUGUGAGGGCUCUGUUAGUCCUGCUGGAGCUCCUGGAGUCCCUGCCUCAACUGCUGCAAAGAGUCGUCCGGGAGUCACUGAAGAACUCCACAUCAUUAAGUUUGUGACAGAGUUAGAGUACGCUGGACUGAAGUGUAACAUCGAGGCCAGCUCCCUGCCUUUGGUUGUCGUCUCCAGUACCGCUCAGGUGGCCAGUGCCUGGGCCUCCAUCAUGUGGUGCAGCAUGCUGUCUACCAGUGGAUCAAAGAACCUGUCGCUGUUUGUCGACCCUCCUCCACUCACCUGGGAACAGCUGGCACAGGUUCUGAGCUGGCAGUUUUUGUCUGUUGGCCAACGAGAGCUUGAUGAAGACCAGCUCUCCAUGCUAAGAGACAAAAUUGUGGAUCCUGAUGGUCUUGUGCACUGGAGCAAGUUCUCCUCCAAGAAUGGAAGUCCCUGGAUUUGGAUUGAUGGAAUCCUGGAUUUAAUCAAAAAACACUUGGUGGAUCUUUGGCGAGAUGGAUACAUCAUGGGUUUUGUGAGCAGGGAGAGGACCGAGCUUCUACUGAAGCCAAAAAAGCCCGGAACCUUUCUGCUCCGCUUUAGUGAGACCAACAAAGACGGAGCCAUCAGCUUCAGCUGGGUUGACCACUCCAAUGGCGAGCCUCAUGUGCAUGCAGUGCAGCCCUAUAGAAAGAAAGAGCUGUUGUCAAUGUCUCUGCCAGACCUUAUUUACCACUACAUUCUGACUCAUCAGGGAGAGACCAGGAAUCCUUUGCUCUAUCUUUACCCUGACAUCCACAUAGACACUGCCUUCAGACGCUACUACAAAAUUUUGGAAGUGCCGAUACCUAAUGUGAGCACCGAUGGAUACGUCGGCAGAAAAAAUACUUCUGUAUCAAUCAUUCCUACACCACCUCCGUCUCCACCCACAGAGACCUUCAUGAUGGAUAUCGACACAGAUGUGGACACCUGUACUGACCAUCGACAAGUGAUGGAAGACCUCUUCCCUGAUUUAUUGGACUCACCUGGACAAGAUGUGCUCACCUCAACUCACCUCUAUCCACAGUUACCUCAGGACAACUUUGCUCUUCCUUUGGGCUCUUUUGAAGGUCUCUGAAUCAGAGAGUUAUCAGAAUGAGAAAUGUAUCAAGCACAAGGUAUGUGUUUUGGCACAAAUUUAGUAAUAGAAUGCAAUUAAAAAAAGAACAAGAUCUCUUAAUGUAAGAUUUACAUUGCAUUAUUUUAAUGAGCUUAAAUUGAUUGCAAAGUUAUUUACACUGGAUUUCUGUUCAGUUGCAUAUACAAAAUAUAAAGGAUUUCAGCUAUAAUAUAAGGUUCUGAUGCAGUAUGUGAUGGACUGGCUUCUGGUGUCCAGGAUGGACCCUGUCAUUUGCUCUAAGUCUGCUGGAUAAAGCAAUGAACAAAUUAUGGAUGUAUGAAUGAAUAAUGAAAUAUGUGAUGCUUUGUUGUUGUAUUAUAUUAUUUUUUUGUUUUUCAAGCAUUGUUUUUAAAUGACUUUCAAAUGACAAUGCCAUACUGUAUGGGUCCUUUACUUUUGUUUAUUAAAAUAAACACAUUUUAAUACA